AAAACAAUGAUGAUUAUAAAAAUCGCUCUUUGCAGUGACAAACUAGGAUUAUCGGUAACUCUGCUUCUUAAGAGAACGACCUUAAUCAGAAAAAAAAUUGUUCAUGUUGAAAAAUUAUGGAGCAAGAGUGCAUAGGUAUAUUAAAUAAUUGUUUUAAAUUAAUAGAAAUAAAUUAAUAAAACAAUUACAAAAUGUUGCUUUAAUUAAGUAGAAAUAUUAAUCAAAGAUAACGAGAAUACGCUAAAGAAGUGUAAGGAGCGGAAGACAAGUGAAUCUGGAUGAUUAAUGAAUGCGUGAGGAGGAGGAGAAAAAGUGAAAUUUGAUAGAGCGACUAAAAAAGCAAUUGUGUAGAAAAUCGGGCAAAAGAAAAUUAUUAUCAGAAAAUCUAUGCAUUAACAAAAAAAAAACUAAAACAAAAUACAAAAUAAAGAAAAGUAUCCAAUUUUACGUACAAGCAAGAAAAUGAAAGCGUUGUCAAUACGCGAAUGAACAAGUUGUGCAAACAAAAGUUGACUUCCUUUUGCAUUUAAGCUGAGGUGUCAAUUACGGGCAUUUAGUGGGUUAAUUGGCUACAGUGUGCCUGUGUUUAUGUCUAACUGAACUUCUGCGUAAAUAUAUUUUGUCUUGUUGAGAAAAAGUGAAAUUUUCGGUUUGGUGGCAAAGAUUUAUUGGGUGAUUUGGCAAUGCCUGGACGUAGGCCAUGGGUUCACAGACCUUGGAAAUACUGCGUCAAGGCGUUUGGGCCUCGCUGACUGGUGGUUGGUUUUAUGAUCCUCACCAAAGUGUUUUUUGUAAUGUCGUUCACUUAUAUUUAUGGUUGUUUUUAUUAUGCUCGCCAUUUGUGGCUUAUUUGUAUUUUCCGGGCACAUGGAUUACUUGGUGUACAUAUUGUAUGGUGAUCAGUUUAACCAUAUUAGCUUUAAAAUUAGCUAAUAUGGCUUUGCAUCGUUUAUAUGAUCGCGCCCAGACAAUCUCUGAGGCCAAUAUAAAGCAACAUUUUUUCAAGGUUACCAAAGAAAUUGAGGGCGGGGGCCGUGAUCAAGAAACAGGCAUAGAAAUGAAAGUAAUGCGUGGCGAUGAUUUACGCAACUCGGUGGAUCAUGCCAUUAAUGAAAUUAGUGGUGAAAACAGUAUGGUAUCCAUAGAGAAUGUUAAUAGCAUUAUAGAUUUGAAAGUUGAUGUACAUCGUAAGAAUAGUUCCGAAUCUAUAGAGUUAAUGUUUUAUGCUCCCAGCAUGAUAUCGGCCAAUAGCCAGCAGGAUCAACAAUCUCUAGCGGGUACUGCCAGUAACUCGAAAUCAAUACGUUCCUCUCAUACGAAUAAUAAUUCGAACGCCUCCAAUAACGAUCCCAACUUGAUUACAAAAUACAUAACCGUGUAUCCAAAGGAACAAAGUCCCAAAGCUGCUGCCGUCAGUUCAACUGUUAUCAGCUCUAGCCAGUCACUACAGCACAGUUCAGCUGCAACAGCUCAUAUAAAUGCUCGACAACCUCGUUUAGUACGUAAGUCUUCGGAAGUGAUACGCGGUCAUUUACGAAGGCGAUUAGAGCGGCAAAGCAGUUUAGAUGCUACUGCCGAAUCUGCCUUAGUAGCCAAAUUAAUGCGCCAAUCCUCUACGGAUACCAACAAAUCUGCACAGAAUGCAAAUAACUUAGCUACACAUUCUGCUGAAAGAUGUGACAGCUUUUUACAUGCACAAAUUUCGAAAACCAAUUCUGCCAAUUUUACAACAAGCACUCCUUUAAACUCCCAUUCGUUUAAUACUUCCUUACCGCAACCACCGCAGCUGCAAGCACAACGUUCAAAUAUAACGAGUUCGGGAUUAACGUCUACGUCAAACGCAACAGCUCUUAGCACAUCUGCUUUGAAAAGUUCACGUUUGCAAAGGCAUCGUAGCUCAGAGACACAUGAUGAGCGUUUAAAAUCUGAGCAACGUGGUGGUGGUAUUUAUUUACCUAUACAUCAUGAGCAGCUACCGCCUACUUCGUCUUCAUCAUCAAACUCUCAUCACCAUCAUCGGCAUCAUCACCAUACACAUCGUCGAGGUGGCAGUGGUGGUGGUCAACAUUUGUCUAGUAGCAAUGCUUUGGAUGUAGAUGAAUUGGAAUUGGGUCUGGGCAGCAGUGCGAGUAGUGUUGUAACUCACAACACUCAUUUAGUCGAUGGUAGAAUGAGGGCUUUACAGUCGUGGAUAUUAGGGUCGUCAUCCGAUGUGUUUAUAGAAGACGACAGUUAUACCAAAUCCGAUUUGGGUAUUGAGCAAUUAGAUGAUCGUACCAUACCUGGUACAAGUCGUGGUGCAUUCUUAUUGCAUCAACAACAUCCGCUAAAUUCUCAUUUUCAUCCACAUCAGCAACAAUUUCGUUUGCUGCAACCCCAUCAGCGCAACUGUGGCGCAAAUAUACGUAAAGACUCCAGCAGUACUAUGUCAGCGUUACAACUCCCUGUGGCAACAAAUUUAUCUGGCCAGACGGCAAGUCAUUCCGAAAAAUCUCGCUCAGCUAGCGGCGGUGGGGGCCUAAGAGGGAACAGUGGAAAUGGCUCGAAACGUCGCCGUCAUUCAAACGCCACAGCUUUGUUUAAGUGUCCAAUGGGAGGUAGUUCCUCGAAUGCUGUUUGCCACCCGACUUUUGGGAAUAAUAGUGGCGCAGGUGCUACUUCAGUAAGACGAAUAAAAAGUGCUGCUUUAGAAAUUUCAUGUUCGCGUCCUUCAGUAUCAAACCUCUGCCCGCAUCCUAAUAGCGUAGAAGCCAUUAGUGGACAACAACAAAUUAAAAAUCCCCAAAGCUGCUUACUCCCACCACCUAGUAAAUGUUUGGUACGCAAUCCUCAUUUGAAUUUAUGUCCUAAAUUCGGUGGCAGCUUUGGCGAUAGUUCCACUACCAGCAGCUUAGAUUUCGGUUCCACUAAUGCCUUGAUAGAACCAGUUUACUCCAUUAAAGAACAAAAAGAUGAAAAGCAAAAAUCGCACGAGCACAAAGCAGCAAAAUCUUCAUAUAGAGAAGAAUCUGAGGCUAUUAAAAUUUUAGAAUUGCAAACAGACAACCCGAAUACUAAAAAUAGGCCGCGAAUACCAGAACGUGAAGAUUGCUUAGAUAUGCUAGAAGAUGAACAAGACUCGCUUGGAGCGGUAGGAGGAGGAACGGUUUGCUUGCAAGACUAUUUAAAUCAUCAUCAUCGCCACCAUCACCAUCAUCAUAGCGCCGAAUCAGAUGUAGGAGAUUUUCUAAAUGAUAAAGCGGAUGAUGAAAUGGAAGAAGAUGGUGAAGAGGAUGCUGAGGAAGAGGAGGAAGAUGACUACGAAGAGGAUUUAGAAGAAGAAAUAGUAGGUGAAGGCGAAGAAGAUGAUAUAGGGGAUCAAGAUGAUGAGUUUAAAGAUUUCGAUGUUGAUGUUGAGAAUAUUUUACAGGAUUUACAACAUACACAAAACCAAUUGGAUGCUGAUUUAAGAGCUCAUCAAGAAGCUGGAAACCUACCAGCUGGAGAGAACAGAGAUGGGGAUGAUGAUGAUGAUGAUGAUGAUGAUGACGAUGAUAAUAAUCUAGGUGCCAAAGCUUUGAGAGAACGUUUACAUUCCACCGAUUCAGAAACGGAUAAUAAUGGAUCGAGGUCGCCUUUACUAAGCGGAAAAAAAUGGGAAAUUGCCAAAAAGGAGGAUAAAGUGUUGGUUCAAGAGGUUUUGAGUGUGCAAAGCAAACAGAAACAUUCCUAUAAUGAAGAAGAAGAAAAGCCAACAUCUACUAUGCAUUCUACACGAACAACUGAAGCUGACUCUGGCUGUCCUUCAAGCGACUGUGAGCAAAUAAGUGCCAGCUCUAAAGAUAUGUUAUUAGCUGGACUGGAUAUUCAAGAAGAAGUAAUAAAUCACAAGGCAGAUAGCUCUGCGGGUGUCGGGGAAAUCACGAAUGAUAUGGUUAACGUGGAAAAAGCUAAGGAUUCUUUGGAAAAUCAUUUAAAUAUUGGAAAGGUGGGAAAAAGCCAAGGAGCUAUACCCAAAGUAGUGCAAUAUCGGGAAGUAGAUGAACGUUUGGUUGAGGCCAACGCCGGCGCUCCUACUACGCAAAUAAAUAAACGUCACGCUGGCAACUGGACUGCUGUGGCUAUCUCCUCUAGUGGAAAUCUAAUUAAAGGGAUUUCCCGUAAUUCCUCCUCUUCGAACAGUUCGCAUAGUGUAAGUGCCGAAUCUUUUACCGCAGACAUACAUAAAAUGCUUUGGCUGAUGCACGGAGGAGCUGUAGAUGAACGUGGUCGCCCUGUGGGCACCGAUAGUAAUCCCAUAGUACCGCCGCCGACAGCCUCAACAGCAUCCUCGGCGGCCAAUAUGUCGACUGCACAUAUGCAAUUCUACCAGGAUGCUUUUAAGGCUCUCAAUACAGCGUCCUCAGCUGAACGUUUGGCUUUGAGCGAACGUUUGUACUAUAGGGAACAAUUACUAUUGCGGCGCAAUGCGAAACGCAGAGACUCGGCCGAAACCGCCAACACUACCACUCAAACUAAUGCCUUGGAUCUGUUGGUAGCUAAUCCGUCUUCUACAUCAGUUAAUGCUCGACCUUCAACAUCAGCUCCCCUGGGUGUAGUAGUGGCUUCGCCGUCUACAGCAUCCGUGCUUAACAACCGCAAUGUUAGCAGUGCUACAACUAUUUCAUUACAGGGCUUCUUCCACGACAUAAUUUCCGAUGAACUAAGAGCUAUUGGCUCCAGUCCUCGCACAGGCUCGGCUGCUUUAGCCAGCAGUACAGCUGGGGGCAGCAACUCAGCAGCAGCUGCGGCAGCAAUACUCAACAUUGACGGUCAUCAUAUAGAAAACUACUGUGAUUAUUGGCGACCUGCCUGUAUGUUAAGUUCGGAAAAACCUCCGGUACCUCCAAAAUCCUUUUACAGAUAUUGCUUCAAAUGUUGCGGAUAUACGCAUGAAUUCAAAAUCUGCAUGGAUCGUUUAGAGUUAUUAGCUCUUUUUGACCGCGAUCUUCAUUGGUUUCACAUAAUUUUGGCUGUACUUUUAAGUGCUUCGGUAGCUUAUUUGGGCUCAAAUAUUUUGCAGCACAACUAUUAUAAGGAUAUCUUUGCAUUUUUCUUCUGUGCUGUUAUAGCUGGUUCACAAUACUCAUUGUUGAAAAGUGUACAACCAGAUGCUGCCUCACCGAUACAUGGCUUCAACAAAACAGUGGCAUACUCUCGAGCUAUUUAUUUUUGUUUGUGCGGGGGUUUGUUGUUGUUGCUGAAAAAGUUCCAGGAGCAAUAUGAAAAUCAACAAAUACAAGGCAUGCAAUCUGAGUGUGUAUUACUCUUUGGCGUAGCAUUUUCUCCCGCGCAAGUGAACGCGUUUUUCUUAGAAGGCCUUUACUUGCUUCUUUUAACGUUUCCGGUUAUUUUUUCUUUAGGACUUUUUCCACAAAUCAAUACAUUUCUUAUUUAUCUGAUGGAGCAGAUAGAUAUGCACAUAUUUGGUGGCAACGCUGCGGGUAGUUUAAUAGGAUCUUUUAUGUGUGUUUUUCGGUCUUUGUGGGGGAUAUCAAUCCUUUACGGCCCAGUACAUGCAGCUUUGGCUGAGGUGAAGGGUACGCAGCACAUACUAUUUUCCAUAUUCUGCGCGCUUCUCAUACCAAUGGGUUAUCACCUAUCACGUUCCGCUAGUGAUUUUAGCAAUACUUGGGCCAUUAUAAAGAAUUGCAUAAUGAGCACUUAUCAUGAUGACGACGAUGAACUAUCCAACACUACUAGUAGUACUAGCAGCCACAAAUUAACUGCUAGUACUAAGCAGCAAGAAACCGCUAAACAAGGACACAGAAAAGAUUCAUCCUUAGAGCCGGGAACUACCGAAGUUAUAGAAAUGUCGUCGCUGGAAAGAAUAGGAGAAGCAGCGACCGGUCAAGAAAGACAACAACAAGUAGAAACUAAUGUUGAAGAAGGACUGAGGGGAGAGGGCGACGAGGAGGACUUAGAAGAGUUGUCUCAGUCUCAAAAACGCAGUAAAUCUAAAGCUUCUUCGUUGACCAGCAGCCAACAAACAUUAGGAAAAUCAAAGAAAACUAUCACAGCUUCAAGUAGUUCUUGCACUUCCAACAAUGAUGGUAUUGAUUUAAGGCUAAAAAUGAAUGAUGACCAAAACGCUGCUGUCGCAGAAGUGGAUAAGACAUCUACUACUUCGACUACAAAUCCCGGAGAAAUAUCGACUUGUACGGUGGGUCUUAAUGAGGCGGAUAAUGAACAGGUGGCUCAACCCGACGACUUCACCAUAAAUUGUUCUGAGGAAAUAGUGCAGAGCGGGGAAACUGAUAGUCCUGAUCCGUUGCCAAAAAAGUUGCAGCAAACCGUUAACACUCGGUUGAAAAAUGAUUUUGUAGUCAGCACAUUUCUAACCGUUGUGGUGUUCAGUUUGCACUGCAGUACUGUUUUUACCGUUCUGCAGCCAGAUUUAAAUGUGGUUUUAUAUAGUUUUAUAGGAUCAUUUGGUUUCUUAUUACACUAUAUUAUACCACAGAUGCGUAAGCACAUGCCCUGGCUGUGUUUUGCGCGUCCUUUAUUAAAGCAAAAAGAGUAUGGCCGAUAUGAGGUAUCACAUGCUCCAAAAAUCAUGUGGUUUGAAAAGUUUUACAUUUACAUGUGUAUGCUAGAAAGAAAUAUUCUGUUCCCAUUACUGGUGAUCUCAGCUCUAACGGCCGAUUCAGUUGCAAUAGCCAACAAAUAUGGCAUCGGUUGGGGUGCACUAAUAGUAGCUGUUUGUGGCAUGAAGUUUAUUCGUAAUGCCUAUUCAGAUCCUUCAAAUCAGUACCUGAUUGUAAUGUUUACGGUUUUGUUCUUUCGGAUUGAUUUUCCUUGCGCUUCCGAAACGUUUCUCAUCGAUUACUUUUUCGUUUCCUUGGCUUUCCGUAAAUGUUGCGAUUUUCUAUUAAAGUUGCAGUUCAUUGUGACUUAUAUCGCCCCAUGGCAAAUAACAUGGGGAUCAGCUUUUCAUGCUUUUGCUCAGCCGUUUAGCGUGCCUCAUUCAGCUAUGUUGUUUCUACAGGCUGGAGUAUCAGCCAUUUUAUCGACACCUUUGAAUCCGUUCUUGGGCAGCGCCAUAUUUUUAACAUCCUAUGUGCGCCCUAUCAAAUUCUGGGAACGUGACUACAAUACGCGACGUAUAGACCAUUCAAACACGCGUUUAAGCUCUCAAUUGGAGCGCGAUUUGGGAGCCGAUGAUAACAAUUUGAACAGUAUAUUCUAUGAACAUUUAACUCGCUCACUGCAGCACUCCUUAUGUGGAGAUUUAUUAAUGGGUCGUUGGGGUAAUGUUAAUCAAGGAGAUUGUUUUGUUUUGGCGUCGGAUUAUCUGAACUGCUUGGUACACAUUAUUGAGUUGGGAAAUGGUCUGUGCACAUUUCAAAUGCGAGGCUUGGAAUUCCGUGGCACUUAUUGCCAACAACGUGAAGUGGAAGCCAUUACAGAAGAUGUGGAGGAUAACGAUGGCUGUUGUUGCUGUGAUCCAGGACAUUUGCCGCGUAUGUUAAGUGCCAACGCUAUGUUUUCCACACGUUGGCUGGCUUGGCAAGUGGUGGCCUCGCAGUAUGUGGUCGAAGGUUAUUCAAUAUCAGACAAUUUGGCCAGCGCAACGUUGCAAGUAUUUGAAUAUCGCAAAGUUUUAAUUACUUAUUACAUUAAGAGCAUUAUUUACUACGUCAUAAAAAGCCAAAAACUGGACGAAUGGUUAACUUCCACCUCCAUACAAGAUGCUUUGCAGCACACAUUAAGUCGUCAAUUUGUUGACUUGGAUCCAAUCUUCAAUUUCAAUCUAGAUGAAGAUUUUGAUUUUCGGGCUGUUGGCAUAACACGUGCGAGCUUUUCUUAUGUUUACCUAAGUUGGAUAAAUUUUUGUUAUGAUAAACGUAAAGAAGCGCAAAAUCAGACACCUCAAGCACCUACCCAGUCAACAGUUACUACACAGCAGCGCACAACGGUUCCUACAGCUGCUGCUACUACAACUGGAAACACUGCCUCUGUUACGGCAGCUAGUACGCCAAAUCUCUCUGUUAUACAACAAAAAUCUUUAUCCCAGCAACAAUUACGUAUAAAACCGCAGAAAAGCGCUACUAUGACUAGUAGCAGGGAAGGAGUAGUAGCCAAUUCCACUGAAAAUAUGGCCACUUCCCACUCGUUGGCAAAUAUUUCCCGUCAAGCAUCGGAAAGUGUUCCCGGUUUAAAUAGCACGCUGCUGACACGUUCCAGUAAGUCAGCGCCCGUUGGCGGGAAACAUUCACGCCAACGUGACGAAGCCGCUUCAUCCCCGCGUCAUGAUGUACGGAGUGGUUCUACGGAAUCUUCCCGUGCUGGUAGCGAAAAACCACCUCCAAUUAAGUUAAAGGUACCUUCCAUUGCCAAAGAUCAUCCUAUAGUAUCGUUGUGUUUAGCAUUAGGACUCUUAGCUCGCCGUUCUUUAGCUACUGCCUCUCAUAGUUCCUUAACGGGUGUAGAGUUUUUUCUUCACGGUUUGCAUGCGUUAUUCAAAGGAGAUUUUCGCAUUACUUCACCUCGUGAUGAAUGGGUUUUUGCUGAUAUGGAUCUUUUACAUAAUGUUAUAGCACCAGCCGUUAAAAUGGCUUUGAAACUACAACAAGAUCAUAUUUCGAACCCUGAUGAAUUUCGUGAGCCUUUAGCUCUGUAUGAAGCGAUUGAUUCUUGUGCUAAAGAUUUGGUUAUUUCUCAUGAAGCAGAUCCCGUUUGGCGCAGCGCUGUGCUGAGAGGAGCUCCUAAUUUGUUAGCCCUGCGUCAUGUCAUGGAAGAUGGUUCUGAUGAAUAUCGUAUCAUACGUCUGACUAAACGAUUUCUUACCUUUCGUGUUAUCAAAUUGAAUCGUGAAUGCGUUCGUGGCUUGUGGGCGGGACAGCAGCAGGAACUUAUUUAUCUACGUAACCGUAAUCCGGAACGAGGCAGUAUACAAAAUGCGAAACAAGCUUUACGUAACAUUAUCAAUUCGAGCUGUGAUCAACCUAUUGGUUAUCCUAUUUAUGUUUCACCAUUAACUACUUCCUACGCCGAUACCAAUGAGCAGUUGAAGGAAAUUAUUGGGGGUCCUAUUACCCCUGAGGCCAUCAAAGGCAAUAUAUUUCAAUGGUGGCAUCACAUAAGGGAAAAGUGUCGUCAGGGCUGUUCAUCAGGUUCAGCUAUGGAGACUGCUCAUCUCGGCUUACCUUCCACCGCUUGUAGUAAUCUGGGGGAAAGUGGUGAUCUCCGACCAGUAUACAUAUCUCCGCCAAUUUACAACACCUUAACGGUUGGUAUGUUUGGACGUCCUGCUACUGCUGCCGGCGUACCUGGUGCCACACUUAGCAGUCAAUUUGGUAGUGACGGUCUCGCUUCCAUGCGCAGUGUGGCAAUUAAACCUAAUUCUACCACGUUGCUGGCUGGAUUCCUCAGUCGUGAUCAAGAAUUGCUACGUGAGACACGCAGUUUUGCGAAUAAGGGACAGCUUUCAAGUUCCAGUAGUCGUAGCGAUCGAGAGCGAAGAGCGACUCUACCUAUUGCCAGUACAAGUUCCGUUCUUCCCGAAGCAAACAAAGAUUCGGGUGACUCAUCACAGACGCUAGACAAGGAUACAUCCACAGAUAGCAUGGGUUUAGGAGGCGUUGGUGGAGGUGGCUCCACCGCAUGUGGUAACAGCCCACGCUACACAAAAAUCUAUUGUUCUUCAGGGAAUCUAGGUAUUGGUAAUAUUAUAACCACUCCCGGAGAUUACCCACGUAAAACCAAAGGCCCUAUUUGUUUGACAGCAGCAGCGGCUGGAAUGUUGCCACAAAUAGGUAAUAGUUCAACUGCGGUAAACGCCGAAUCUAAUAGCUCCCUGCGUAGCGCUACUGAACUGCCAUGUAAGCCCAGAAUUGGUUUGUUCGAGAAGGUUAUAAUAGUUGACGAGCAUGAGAUUUAUGACGGCCUUGACGAGCGACGCAAUUUUGUUUGGCCUUACGAAGCUAUGCGUAUGCGCGGUGGUCGUGCAAAUUGGAAGGGUUGGCUACCACACACCGGUAUGGUAGGGGUUGUGGUUCACAUAUGGACACCAAACAACCCUGACGUUGUUUGCCGAUCAAUAAUUAAUCGCGAUUUGUACCUGAUUGAAAUCGGUGAAUACUAUGUGCCCGUGGCUGAGAAUGGUUUGAGACCCUUCAAACAAAUCGCAGAUAAUAACCAGAAGGAUAUUGAACGAACACGGCGCAGCUCAUUACAAAGGGAGCUCUUAGAAAUACGACAAUUACAGCAACAAUUAACGCCUAUAUUGGGUAGUAGUCUGGAGUCGCCAACAUCACAACUAGCGGCUACUGGUGCAAGCGAACAAGUUCGGGUUAUCACAAGUACUAGUUCUUCUUGUGCAGGAGCCAAAGCUAAAAUUCAGGCGGUAAGUAGCAGUAGUUCAGAAGAUGAAAGUGAUUUAUUGCGUUUGGAAAUGCAAAGACAUGAAAACUUUUUAAAUAUGUGGAAACAAAUUACCGAAAAGAAGGAUAAAGAUGAAAACGAGGAACAAGGUAAUAAAGAAGAUGUAACGGAAGAUUGCGACAGAGUAGAUCUCAAAGAACAAGAACAACUACACGUAGAAAGCAAAGAAAAAGACGAGUGUAUACUUAAAAAAUUGGAAGAAAGCGAAAAUCAAAAUAAUAUCGAUUCCAUAAGCCCUGCAAGUGAUGAUAUUGUUGAGGAAAUUGUCAACGAAGUAGUGAAUGCAUUAACCGAUAUCGGUGAUGGGUCGACGAUUGAAGUUAUUAAUUUGAAAAGCGAUCUGAUUACUGAGAAUAAUGAUGACAAUUUUACUGUUAUUGUUGCUAAAGACGCUAAUGAAACUAGUGAAGUUUAGCAUUUACAAGGGUUCCUGCAGCCCUAUAAUCUCAUAAGUGUCCUAAAAUAUCUAAGAUGAAUAAAUUUUUGAAAUUAAUCAAGAAUAAUGUAGGGGUGUUCAUAUCCUUAGUUUGAAGUACCGAAUGCAAGCAACUUUCUUUCAAAUUCUUACGUUUUUACUCGUAUACGCUGAUGUCACUUUAUCAAUCAUGAGAGAAAAUCUUGAACUGUAAAAGCAUUAUAAAAUAAGACAUUUUAACAAGAGAAACUCUGGAAAAAUCGUGCAAAACAUCUAUAGAUUAAAACGGAAUUUAAUAAUUAUUGUAUAAUAUAUAUAUAUGUUUUAAACACACAAACAUAUUUAUAUAUAUAUGUGUUU